GGCUCAUCGGGCGAAGCUGGGCUAUGUUGUUUGCCAGCGGAGGCUUCAAGGUGAAACUCUAUGAUAUUGAGCAACAGCAGAUAACAAAUGCCCUGGAAACCAUCAGAAGGGAACUGAAGUCACUGGAGGAGGCAGGUUCUCUGAGAGGCUCCUUGAGUGUGGAAGAGCAGGUGUCCCUCAUCAGUGGCUGUUCUAGCCUCCAAGAAGCAGUAGAGGGCGCCAUGCACAUUCAGGAAUGUGUUCCAGAAAACCUAGAGCUGAAGAAGGAGAUCUUUGCGCAGUUGGAUCGCAUCGUUGACGACAGUGUUGUCCUCAGCAGCUCCAGCUCUUGCCUCCUGCCCUCCAAGCUGUUCACGGGCUUGGCGCACGUGAAGCAGUGCCUCGUGGCUCAUCCUGUGAAUCCACCAUACUACAUCCCUCUGGUCGAGCUGGUCCCACACCCGGAGACGGCCCCUGCCACAGUGGAGAGAACCCACGCCCUGAUGAGGAAGAUCGGGCAGUGCCCGGUGCGCCUGCAGAAGGAGGUGGACGGCUUCGCCCUGAACCGCCUGCAGUACGCGGUCAUCAGCGAAGCCUGGCGGCUGGUGGAGGAAGGAGUGAUGUCUCCCGCCGACCUCGACCUCGUCAUGUCGGAAGGGCUGGGCACGCGGUAUGCGUUCAUCGGGCCCCUGGAAACGAUGCAUCUCAAUGCGGAAGGUAUGUUAAACUACUGCGACAGAUACGUCGAAGGCAUAAAACGUGUCCUAAAGACUUUUGGACCCAUUCCAGAGUUUUCCAGGGACACGGUUGAGAAGGCUAAUCAGGCCAUGUGCAUGAAGGUUCCUGAUGACCCAGAGCACUUAGCUGCCAGAAGGCAGUGGAGGGACGAGUGCCUCAUGCGACUCUCCAAGCUGAAGCGUCAGAUGCAGCCCCAGUGAAUUUCUCGUGCUGUGACUGCCACUCCUCCCGUUAGAAGUCCUGUUUGAGAAAAUCAGAAGCGUUUAAUCAGACCUCCUCACGGUGACGUGCCCGUGGAGACCCCGCACCGGCACCGGGCGGCCUUCCAGCUACUGGGGAUCACAGCGCUGGGGCUCUGAGGGCUGCGGAUGUCCUGCCACCCGGGCAAAGAGUUUGAAGAUUUUCCAUUUUUGUUUUCAGUGUGAUUACGUAUGGCUGUAUUUUAUAGCCAGUGAUUGUAGUUCCAUUUGAAUCUGUGGCAAAAUAUAAUUAUUUUCUAAUCCAUUUCUGAGUACUCUCUGAUGCUGCAUUUGUGAGGCAACUACUUUCAUUUUGCUAAUGAUUAUUCUC